AUGUAUCCGUUGUUAUUGCAUCUUUUCCAAACAAAAUUGCAAAACAACGAAGGCGGUACAGAUGCCACCCGGGGCUUCUCAGAUACAACCCGAGGAUUGCUUCAGACUUGCAAAGAAUCUUGUAGAAACAUGAUCGGCGUUCUUACAAUACUUCAACAGCAAGGCCUCUUAGGCGGUGCUCUUCCCUUUGACCUUGAGAGGGCAUUCUCAUCCGGGUUUGUUUCCACGAUUCUCUCAGUCAUUGAUUCUGGCGAACAAACUUAUCGAGCUCUUUAUAGUCAAGCGUGCUAUCUUCUAGAAGAGUUUAUUCAUCGAGGACUCACGCCUGCUACUUUUCGGAAGUCUGAGAUCGAGCUGCUCGUUGAAAUGAUACAACUUUGGAAAUCUCAGGAGCGUGGGAACACACAGGGGGUACAAGGGGGUGAACGAGCCCAAGACCAGCGGGAGGUAACACAACACCCUGGCGGGGAUGGAUCCAACGAUGACCACAUUGUUGAGCAUGACUUUGGGGCUAUAUACGAUCUGUCACCGGGGGCUACAUACGAUCUAUCACCGGGCCAAAUAAUGUCACUCGCUGAGACGAUUGCCGUACAGGAUGGUCAGUUUGAAAAUAACAUGGGCUGGAUGGAUGAUUGGUUAUGGGACCACGAGGGUCAACAGGUACAGGACCUUUAA